AGAGUUUUGCUUGUUUUCUUGUUAAUCAGCUGAAGUGAUGAGGUCAUUGAACAUACCCCGAGGAGUAAAACGUGUUCUUUUUCGAACAUUAAACACCGACAGGAGGUUGAUGUACAAGAAAGAAUUUGAUUCCUCCUAUACAGCAUUCACCUCAGAUGGAGCAGAGUAUCUGGUCCAGAAUACCGACAUCAAACUGGUCGGUGUUGAUUACUUGUCUGUUGCAAUUAAUCCCAAGGAUCAGCUCGUUAAAGUUCAUCAACUACUUUUUGCUCCUAAAGAUAUAAUUCCGGUGGAAGGCCUCAAGCUUGAUGAUGCUGUCCCAGGAGUUUACACAAUUCACUGCCUACCUCUGAGGCUGAAUCAUGGAGAUGGUUCACCUGCCAGGUGCAUCCUCUUCCGGUAAUCAUGUCAAGGCAGUUAAUACUUUUCAUGGGAAAACAGAAAAUUGUCAAAAUUUCAACCAGUUUCGUUAACUAAGAAUGUCCAAGAAAUUGUUAUGAGACUUAGAUGUAUUUAUGUACUAGCUUCCUUUAGCUUAUCAUUUACAAAUAGUAUUCUGUAUAAGCUUUGCAUGAGUUCAUUUUAAACAUCA